AUGACAGACAAAACGGAUACUGCAACAUUAAAUAUAACCCAAAAGCAAUGGGACAUUGCGCAGCAAAACCUAUUAUUAGAUAUCAUUGAAGUACGCAAGGCAAUGGAUUUAUUUUUGAAUUCACAAAUUUCAGAGGCAGAAAGCAUGUUGGGUCCAAAGCGCUACUCAUCACUCUAUCACUCCUUGGGUCAUGCGUUCAUUUUGUUCUUGAAAAGUUUAAUGACCUUCCAACAAACUGAUAUUGAAGCUGCUAUUGAUGCCUUGAAGGAAACAAUUCAAUUAGCUGAUGCAUUCAGAAAAAAGGACUCUGGCUGGGUAGGAAGCAUAACUACAUGGGUCAAAGGGCUUUCUGUUCAAGACAUAAAGAAUAUGUCUAGAUUGCAUCGCCAUGCUGAACUAAUAUUUGCCGAAUCAUACUUAUUGAAAGCUCUUGUUUGUAUCAUUCAUGAUGAAAGCUUUGUCUCUUUCUUAAGAGAAGGCCUUCAUGUUCGAUCGAGUUAUAAUACUUAUAAAGUGCUACAAAAGUUCUUAAUACAUGUAAAAGAAGAGGCAGCAGCAGGAAAAGAUGUCACGGGAUUCGAGCUAGACGAUCACUUUACCUCAGGUGUAUCACUUGGUGUCGGUUUAUUUCAUAUCAUGAUAUCACUCUUACCCGCUUCUGUUAUGAAGGUAGUUGAAUUCAUUGGGUUUACAAGUGAUCGUGCUUAUGGUUUAGAAAUAUUGGAAAAUGUGGGUGGUUGGGAAGAGUACGAAGGUUUACCACCACCUCAAGAACCAGACGAAGGUUUACGUAGACAAUUCUGUGAUAUGGCUCUAUUACUUUAUCAUAUUAUACUGUCAAAGUUAAUUCCUCUAUCCAAUGUUGAUGAAAAAUUAGCCGAACGAGUCCUUGAAUACAACUUGAAAUUAUAUCCAUCAGGCGUAUUUUUCUUGUAUUUCUCUGGUAGACAACUUGGCGCAAAGGGUCAACUGGAUGAAGCAAAAUCUCAAUUCCAAAAGGCGAUUGAUACUCAAAAGGACUGGAAACAAUUACAACACAUGUGCUACUGGGAACUUGGCUUGAUCAGCUUGUUACAGCAAGAUUGGCAGUCUAGCAAUAAGAUCUAUACCACUUUGUAUAAGGAAAGCAACUGGUCUAAAGCCGUUUACAGCUAUUUAAAGGCUCUUUCAUUUUAUAUGGUAGCAUCUACAAAGAAUCCAGGUUCAGAUGAAUACAGGGAAUUGAUGAAACAAGCAUCAGAGAUUAUGCAGAAAGUAACAGGCGCUAAGCAAAAAAUUGCUGGUAAAUCCAUUCCCUUGGAAAAGUUUGUAGCAAGAAAGGCUCGUAAAUUCAUUGCACAGAACAACAGAUUGAUACUUCCUGACCUUGAGACACUGAAUGCGUUUAAUGCCAUUGAUUUCAUGAACAAGGAUUUGGUGUCAAAAAAUGUAGAAAGAGUAGACAAGCAAAUACAUGAAUUAAUUACAACUGCUCAACCAACAGAAGCACUCAAUUACUAUGAUGAUCUUUGUUUGUGUCACUAUCUCCGCGCUAUCUUGCUACGUCAACUGAUGAGUCGAUCAAGUGAUAGUAAAGAAGAGAGCCAUGCACAAGAAAAGUAUCAAGAAUCUAUCCGCUAUGUCAUGGAUAAUGCAAAUAAGAUACAAUUGGAUCAUUAUAUAUACUAUUUUACUCGAUACGAGGAAGCGCGCAUGAUGGUCAUGCAGGAGAAUUAUGAAGCUGCUCAAGAGAUUGUAAAGAGUAUUAUCAAAGCAAGUGAAAAAGGACAGUUCAAUGUAGGUGCUGGACCACAUGCAAAGAACAAAUAUAGCUUAGAAAGCGCCCUGUUGUUUAAAUGUCACAACUGUUUGACGGAAAUAGAGCUAUUGAUGUCAAAUCCUGCCAAUACAGAAACAGCAGGCACUUCUUCUUCUUCUUCCUUUGUUUCAGCUAAUGACAAACAAUGA